AUGCGGAUCGGUGUCAUCGGCGCGGGAAAUGUGGGCAAGACCCUGGGAGGGCAGCUAGCCACUAAGCACACGGUCAAGUAUGGCUGCCGCGACCCUGCAAAGCACCCCGGCAUCGGCGCCGCCCCUGUGCCCAGCGUCUGCGACUGGGCAGAGGUUCUGCUGGUCUGCACCCCGGGGUUCAGCACCGCCGCGGAGGCCGAGGCGCUCGCCACGAGCUUCGGGCCCGGCGUUAGAGGCAAAGUGUUCAUAGAUGCCACGAACCCCCUGUCGGCCUGGCCCAAGCUUGAAGGGGCCCUGCCGUCGUCGUAUGUGUUCAAGGCUUUCAACACCAUCGGCCUCGAACACAUGGCCGCGCUCGGCCCACAGGGCGCCGCCGUUUUCGGCGGCGAGGCCGCCGCCAUAGAACGAGGGCCCAUCACCAUGUUGUACGCGGGGGCAGAGGAGAAGCGGGCCGUUGCAGCUGCGAUCAUUUCAGAUGUGGGAUUCGACCCUCGCUACGUCGGCCCCAUCAGGUACGCGAGGAACCUGGAGGCAAUAGCGGAGCUCUGGAUUCACUGCGGCAUCGGCGCCGCGGGGCUGAACCCAACCGUGGACUGGGGCGGGGACUUUGCAUUCCAGGUGGUCGGCGGGCGCAAGGGCUGA